GGCGGAGGGAUCUGCUAGUGUAGUGAGCUACGUGCAGAGUUCACAUCCACCACCAAAAAUCUCAAUUGGCUACCCCAUGCAGACGGUUGUCAGGAGCUCAUACACCUCAAUAGUGCAGUCUCACACCAUUUGAUUAGCGAACGCUGUACAUUUAAGCUAGUUUCAUUUGUACUAGCAUCUAAGUACUUAACAGUCUGCGAAGCUAGUGUUUAUAUGAUCAAUAUAUUUGUUAAUUAACGCGCGAGAGUUUAUGCACUCCGUUCAGGACGUGAUUUAUUUAUUUGCCGUCAGUUGUGAGUAAAAAAACAAAAAUAAUAUUACAGAGCGCUGAAUCUGAGUUGUUUUCAUCCGUUUUGGGUUUCGGAUCGAGCAGGAGGUGUGGCGGAGAAAAGGCUGGUUAUCCAUGACCUCAGAUUUUCAGCAUUACAGUUUCAGGAUGCCAAAUAUAGGGUUCCAAAACCUUCCCCUCAAUAUCUACAUCGUCGUGUUUGGGACGGCCAUUUUUGUCUUCAUUCUCAGUCUUCUCUUUUGCUGCUAUUUGAUUCGGUUACGCCACCAGGCACACAAAGAGCUCUAUGCAUACAAGCAGGUUAUUCAAAAGGAAAAGGUCAAAGAAUUAAACUUACAUGAGAUUUGUGCGGUGUGUUUGGAGGAAUUUAAGCAGAAAGAUGAGCUGGGAAUCUGCCCCUGCAAACAUGCCUUUCACAGAAAGUGCCUUAUUAAAUGGCUGGAGGUAAGGAAGGUAUGCCCGCUGUGCAACAUGCCCGUCUUGCAGCUGGCACAGCAGCAGAGCAUGCUCGAGCCUGUACCACCCAUGCAGCAGCCUCUGCCAGGGGUGGAAAACCUGGUGUAAUCCCUCCUGUUUCUCCUAAAACUGCGACCACCACUACCUUCACACUCCCACUUGUACAGGUACAUGCUCAUAUCCAAGGACAGAGUGCAGGAUUUGCGCCCGGAUACAUGGUGACCUGUGACCCGCCUGUGUUCAUGUUCUGCCUUGGUGACUUUACAAAGGAUUCCUUCAAAUUACAAUAAUAAUUGAAUUACACAAUCUCUUCUAUUUGAUUUUGGCUUUUUUCAUUUUUUUUCCUGUGGGAUAAUGAAGAUGUGAGUAUACAUGGCCAAGCCAUGUUUAUAGUAUCCUUUCCACACCAAAGCACUUUUUUAAGGGACACCAGUGUGAGGCAAAAAAAGACAAGGAUUAACAUAACAUAACGCAUUAAUAAACAAAAACAGCUACUUUUAAAGCUAAAGUUUGUUUUAACAAGCACUUUACGCGAACUCAAGCCUAGUUGCGUGUGAUGGUAGUGAGAUUUUUAUUUUGUAUUUUAUGAUUUCAAUCUUUUUUAGUUGAUGUACACAGCCACAGAGCAAACCAAUGCUUUUAUUUUAUUCAAAGGGUUUCAUUAAUACUGUAUAUUAAAGGGACAGCAGCUCUCCAUUGUGUAUGUUUGUUUGCGUGAUUGUUUGUAUAUUGACGGUCAGUGGAAAGAAACUUAGUUUCACACAUGAACAAAACAGAUCCCUAAAAACACAGCGGAUCGUAUUUGUAUACAUAUAAGGUGUACAUUUGAGGAAAAAAAGGAAGUGUCUAUAGGGGUAUAUUGGUAGAUAUGGUUCAUUGUGAACUUGUAGCUUGUGGCCAAAAAAAAAUUUUAAUACAGAGCUUGUCUUAGUAAGAACAUUUACAUUACAUCAUAGUCAGGAUGUGACCCGGCAGUAUAUGACCUGUUUCCUGUGUAAUUUUUCUGUUUGAACUGCUUUUAAGUUAGGGAUGUGUUACAUACAAACACACACACACACACACUUCUGGGAGCUUUUGGUCUUAGGCUGUGCUGUCUGCAAUUUUUGGCGAUAUUUAAUUAGAUAGCAACCAAACAGGUUAAGACAAGAGAACAAAUUAGCAAUGACUUGUAGACACAAUCUGAACAAAAUAAACAAGUGGACUGGUACACUUUAUUAGAUAUGCUUAAUAAUUCUCAUACACACUACAGAAACAAAGUCCAGUCUGAGCUGAAGUCAUUGGGACAACAGAAUACUUAGUAUUAGGUUUGUAGAAUGUCUAGUCUAGUAUCAUUCCAGCAUCUUUCAGUAUAUCAGUCCUGCAAUUUUUACACAUAGACACAAAGAAUCCUCAGAUAUUAAGAGCAGUGACACCACUCAUACAGACAGCACUGCUCUACAGCAGGUUGGAGCUUUCUUUAUUCUGUAUAAUAUAAUGGAAGCUCUGGCUCUUUCCCCACUCUCUGCUCUAUUGUACUGCAUUCAUUCAGAGC